UUUCGCCUCCCAGAGGGAGUCUAAAACAAGACAGCCACUGACGUGGAAGAAUAGGACCAAUUUCCUCCUUACUAAACCUAGGGCAGGGAUUUUUAACAGUACUGAGCCCCAAAAUAUUGCCAUAGGCCUACCCCUAGCACGUCGAACCGACGCCCCGGGUUAUCAAGCAGCCUCUGCCCGCCUGCAGCGCUCUCAGCUCAGCCAGGCCAGCAGCAGCUAACGCGGAGUGUUGGGAGAGAGCUCCAGUUUCGCUCCAGCGCAAACUUCUGGCUAGCUUCUUCCGUGCCAUCUCGCGCGAUCGCCCACCUCUCCUCCGGUACAUGGCACGUGGGGGUAUAAUUUAAAGGCAAGAAAAUGGAAUGUCAAGGCAACAGCGAAGGCGAGGAUCAAUGGAGCGAGGCGAAGGCCCGGCGCGAAGCCAACAAAAAGAGCAAGAAGAUUGAACAGCAACUGCAGAAAGACAAAUGGUUUUACGUCAGGACACACCAGCUACUGCUGAUGGGUGCUGGGGAGUCGGGGAAGAGCACCAUUGUGAAGCAGAUGCGACUUUUACACGUGGAUGGCUUCAAUGCAGAAGAGAAAAAACAGUGGAUUCAAGGCAUGGAGAAUGGACACAGACAUUUUUUUCCGACUUCUGGAAUUGCUGAGACGAGAUUCCAAGUAGACAAAGUCUACUUCCAUAUGUUUGAUGCUGGAGUUAAGCAGGAUGAGCGAAGGAAGUGGACUCAGUGCUUCAGUCCCCCGACUCUGACAGCUAUAAUAUUCGUGGUGGAUAGUAGCAGUUAUGACAUGGUGAUGCGUGAAGACAACCAGACCAACAGGCUACAGGAAGCUCUGGAUCUCUUUAGGAGCAUCUGGAACAACAGCGGCCCCAGAGCCAGGAGAGGAUCCGCGCGUCACAAGGGCUAAAUACUUCAUCCGUGAUGAGUUCCUGAAGAAGAUCUCCAUUACAUCUGCUGAUGGUCGUUACUGCUAUCCUCACUUCACGUGUGCGCUGGAUGUUGAGAAUUUUCCCGGCGUCUUCAAGAAU